AGUCACUCAUUCACUCUCCCACGUGUUAGAGCGCAGGCAGGUUCCAUAUUGCUCCGUUGUUAACAGUUAAUACAGUUAAUAUCUAUAAUGAGUUCAUCAAGUGUUUGUUACAAGUGCAAUCGCUCAGGACAUUUUGCUCGAGAAUGCCCUCAAGGCGGUGGAGGAUUUAGUCGCGGUGGUGGAGGAGGCCGUGGAGACAGUAAAUGUUACAAAUGUAAUGGAUUUGGGCAUUUCGCCCGCGACUGCAGAGAAGAGCAAGACAGGUGUUACCGCUGUAACGGUGUGGGCCACAUCUCCAGAGAUUGUCAGCAAAAUGCUGAUGGACCAUCAUGCUACAACUGCAACAAGACUGGCCACAUUGCACGUGAAUGUCCAGACACAUCAAACGGCUACGGUGGUAGAUCCGGUGGCUCUUGCUAUAACUGCAACAAGACGGGCCACAUCGCACGCAACUGUCCAGAGGGGUCAUCAGCCAAAAGUUGCUAUCAGUGUGGCAAGACUGGCCACAUAAGUCGUGAUUGUGAUCAAGAGAGAAACUGAAGAUGCGAUGUUAUUAAAGACUGGAGUACUUUUUUGUAUGAAGGUAUAAGUAACUUGUAUGUGAAUACAUAAAAAAUUAAUUUUUGAGGGGUCAGGUGACUUGUAAUCUGUCGCAUUACACAGCAGUGUGUGACAUGCACGAGUAAAGAAAGUUGAAAAUACUGA